CAUCAUGAGGGGUUUGAUUUCCUUCUCAGUGAGCAAAGUGAAAGUAGUUGGCCACUCUAUUGGGAAAUCUACCCAGCAGACUCACCAAUAUAUGUGGCAGUCCAAACAGGGGAUGUUGAAAUUCUUCAUCGCCUCUUGCAGAUUCCGUUUCCCUCAGAUCGGGACAUUUAUAGGAGUCGGGGGAACUCCACUUUUUGCCGCCAUAUCAAAACGCAAUACUACUCUUUUGAAGGAGAUAGUAGCAGAUGAAAAACAACAGCUAUUGUACCUUAGAGAUGAACAUGGAAAUACUCCGCUUCAUUAUGCAGCAUACUCUAGUUAUGUGGAAGGUGUCCGUGAACUUUUAACGAAAUCAAAUCUUGUUGCCUUUCAACGAAACUUAAAUGGUGAUCUUCCAAUUCACAUUGCUUGCAGAAAUCGUCAUGUUCAGGUGGUAAAGGAAUUGCUUAGCGGAGGAUGGCCUUAUACCAGAAUUUGGCUCAAUAAUAAAGGUCAAAACAUUCUUCACAUUGCAGCAGAGAGUGGACAAAACGAUAUGGUAAAAUUCCUAUUGAAACACUCAGACAUCCAUGCCGCAAAUGUGAAUGAGAAAGACCUAAAUGGAGAUGCACCCUUGCAUUUGGCUUCAAGAAAACUUCAUCUUUGGACACUUCUCCACCUAUCGCGAGAUGAAAGGAUCGAUGUGAACCUUGUGAAUGACCAAAGUUUAACUGCUAGAGAUAUUGUUUGGAUGCAAACUAAAUAUCCGAGGACAGGUCAAGAGCUUCUAGCAAGAAUGAUUUUAAAAACGGCUGGUAUCCCCCUCAAUAAAAAUUUAAUUAGAAUGCCACGUGCAGCCAAUAAAGAAUGGAACGUGAAGGAUGGAGCCAACUCACUCAUAACUGUAGCUGUACUUAUAGCUACAGUGACAUUUGCAGCUGGUUUCACAGUACCGGGUGGGUUUUACUCUUCUGAUGAUAAUGUCUCCAGAGAAAGAGGCAGAGCGGUGUUGGCUGAUCAAACAUUCUUCAAAAUAUUCAUGGCUUUCAAUACUGUCUCCAUGUACUGCUCCACUUUCAGUACUGUUAUUCUUUUGUGGAUGCAUCUGGGUGAUCGUCAUGCUGCAGAAAAUGCAUAUUCCCAUGCCAAGCUUCUUGUCGUGGUGGCUGUUAUAACCAUGACUGUGGCAUUUAUGGCUGCCAUGCGUUUGGUUGUGAGCAAUAACACUUUGCUUGCAAAUGUUAUAAGUUUCAUUGGAUGGAUCUUCAUUUCGCUCAUCUUCAUUUUUUACUUUGUAGGAUUCUAUCCCCUUGGAAUUCGUCUACCACUUUUUCGUCAAGUUGGAGAACUUUCUAUUCGGAUUAUUAUUAUUCUAUUUCAUGGACGUUCGGAUUAUUGGAUUUACAGAGCUAGUGAAAUAUAUCAAAAUGAUCAAAAUGGUAAUGCCAACCAUGGGAAUCUGAUCAAUCCAGUCACUCAUCAUGUCGAUGAUCUCCUCGCUAUCUAAUCAAGGUCUCUUGUGUGCGUGAUUGUAGAAUUCAGUCCAACCUAUAAUAAGGCAGUGUUUUUUUUUUUUUUAAAUAUUAGUUGUAGCUCGCUGUUUAGUUUAUUUUACUUUGGUAAAACCGUUCAAUUUAAUAUGGUUUUGCGAAAAAACCACUUGGCUCACAAAGUCAGCAUGUGUAUGUGAGAAGUCAUGGGCUCUAACAGCCUUCAUAUAAUAAAAUUAC